CCGGAAGCAGUUGAGGUGGGCAAAUGUCACCUUGUCCAUAGCACCAAAGGCUUUGGAUUUCUUCACCAAUUAUACAAAUAUCAAGGACCCGAUGCCUAAGAUUGAUUUAGUCUCUGUGCCAAGGUUCCAGGGUGCUCUUGAAAAUUGGGGAGUGACUUCAUUUAUGCCGACAGCUCUGCUCUACAAACCCCACGGAGAGGGAGAACUCCGCAAGGUGCUCAAUGUCAAAGUAGUGACACAUGAGUUGGCUCACAUCUGGUUCGGCAAUCUUGUCACUCCUAGAUGGUGGGAUAGUCUAUGGCUCAGUGAGGGCGCAGCAACUUUCUUCACGUCUCUGGCUAUGGACCAGAUAGAGCCAGAAUGGGACCAGAUGACAGAAGACACCCAAGACUAUUUGACCACAACCUUCUACUCGAAUGCUGCCGGAACUGGGCGUCCUUUGGCACACCCUGUAGAGAUGGUCAGUGAUUUACGUUCGGUCAGCUACGCUCCAUACUACAAAGGGUUCUCAUUGUUCCGCAUGCUCUACUACUCGCUGGGUUCAAGACAUUUUAAAGAGGGAAUUCAACAUUACCUCUCCGAGCUGAAGUACAAGACAUCGACUCCUCAACAGCUGUUUGAUGCAAUGAACUACAGCUACCAAGACAUGGACUUGGCUAGUCUCAUGGACAGUUGGACCUAUAGGGACGGACUUCAGUGGUCUUCGUGAAUAGGAGUGAAGGCCAGUUGAUGCUAAGUCAGCAACGUUUUCCGUUAUGAAGGUCGAAGUGGAAGGUGGAGAAGAAGGAAAGAACACAACUGAGGAAGAACAGAAAUAUGAGUGGUGGGUCCCGAUCAGCUAUACUUCCAGGUCAGAGAAGAUGUUCGAAGAUGCCCAGCCAAAACUGUGGUUCAACAAAGAGACUACAAUACCAGAUCCUGCUAAACCAGAAGAUUGGCUUCUGAUUAAUCUUCAAAUGGCAGGUACUUACCACGUAAGAUAUGACCAAGCCAACCUCAAGUUGUUGAAGGAGGCGUUGAACUCUUCAAGGGAAGAAAUACCGAUACUGAACAGAAUGCAAUUGGUUUUAGAUUAUGGACUGUAUGCACUCUCAGGCCUUGAGCCGGUGCCUCAGGUUCUGGAGUUGAUGGAUUUCUUAGCAGAUGAGAAACACUUUGCUCCUUGGGCAGCUGGGCUGAGAAGUCUGUGGAGAAUGGACCAAAGACUAAGAGGAACUCAGACUGGAGACAAACUAAAAGACAGAAUACGCAGACUAUUGUCACCGCAACUUUCCAGUCUGGGUCUGCGUACACGGAAGGGUGACACAGUGCCUGUUAUACGCCAUCGCAGACAGGUGGUGCGCCAUGCGUGUCUCUACAAGCUAGCAGACUGUGUUCGCAGGGCUCAACGUCUCUUCACCAAGUGGACUGACCAGACUGAUCCAGACAAGGUUAAUCCCAUCCCCCCAGACUUAAGGUUCACAGUUUACUGCACGGCUCUGCGCACAGGGAAGGAAGAUCACCUUACAUUCCUGCAGCAGAGAGCGCUACAGUCCAAGGAGCCUCUUCACCGAGACACCAUGUUUACUGCUCUUGGCUGCUUCGAAAACUAUGAAGUGCUCUACAGUUUUAUGGAAUCGAAACUGGAAAACUCGACAGUAACAAGGCAUGAUUUCACAAAACUGAUGCAAGGUUUGGUCCAAUACAAUGAAAAUAUUGGGCCUGUACUUCAGUUUAUGGAGCGAUCAAUGGUGAAAAUGAAGUCUUCGACAAACAAAAAACUACGAUGGAAUCAAACAAUGUUAAGAGAUCUGUCACAGCAAAUUUACGAUGUAGAACAACUUGGGCAAUUUAAGAGCUUAAUUGGUGCAAGCAAACCUUGGUCAAAAUCAGAGAUUGCGGAACUCCAGCGAAUGGUUGAACAUAAUGCAAGCUGGAGGGAGAAGAAUAAGAACAUUCUUUAACCAAAUUUCUUCUUAAGAAACAAUCCCAAUGAAAGAGAAGCUCCAUGUGUCUAUUUGUUAUUUAUUUAUUGUUAUAAUAAAACUAUUUCUUUUAGUA